CUGGCUGCAGACGCCGUGGCCGCGCGCCUAGGUGUGGUGCACAAUGACCUCCGUCUCCGGAGACUGCCCUGUCGAGCCAAAAAUAUCACCUACGCUCACGUGAAGGAACUGCAACGAGAAUUUUCAUCCUUCCGUGUUUUCGACAGUCUGGCCGACUUUGAGCUCAUUCGCAGCUCGGAACGGAAGCAGCUGGAACAGAUUGCUAAUACUGAGGGCCAAACGGUCUUCGAGUCCAAGAGUGGUCGACUCUUCUUUGGUGCGUUUUUCUUUCUCUGUCCGAUUCUCUUGAGCGAAUCCACUCCUCUCUCCCCCUCCCCUCCACACGCUGCCCUCAGCAGACAAGCUCGAUUUCGCGAAGAAAAAGCGGCACGAUCGCGGUACCAGGAGCCUUAUUUGACUGCCGUUUCAGAUUCCUACUCGCAUCCCUCGUCAGAGACAGAGUCAGAUAGCAGUCGAACCAGAAUCCGAAACGUCAAGCUACUCAAGCUCCUGUUACAGCCAUCCUGCGUCCCUCCCUUCGCGACUACUUUCUAG